AGUGGCCUCAUGGCACUCUCCACAGUGCCCAGCUGAAAAACUCUGUCAUUUCUCUGUGUCAUGGUCCCUUCCCGACACCUCUCUGGAUUAUAUUUUAACUUUUUUUUUCUUUUUUUUCAAUUCAUAUCAAACUGAUGAUAUUCUGUGGAUGUUAUUGACUCUCUAAGGACAAGAGCAACAUGAUGGCCGGGAGACGAGCGAGCAUUUUCUCUUUCAAAGACUCCGAACUUCCCUGCCACUUGCUCAUCCAGCUCAACAUCCUGCGGCAGGAGCGCAUCCUGACCGAUGUGCUGCUCUGCACUGAGCACCAGGAGAUCCCCUGCCACAGGAAUGUCCUGGUCUCCAGCAGCCCGUACUUCCGUGCCAUGUUCUGCAACAACUUUCUGGAGAGCAGCCAAGCCCGUGUGAACUUGAAGGGAAUCUCUUCAAGCGUGCUCACUGGGAUUGUGGACUAUGUUUACACGGGCUGCGUCACUAUCACCAUGGAGAAUGUGCUCCCCCUCAUGCAGGCAGCGUCCAUGCUUCACUAUGGGGGUCUCUUUGAGGCCUGCUCCACGUUCCUGCAGGAGCAGCUGAGUCCUGAGAACUGCCUGAGCAUGAUCCGGUUGUCUGAGAUCCUCCACUGCGAGAGUCUGAAGGAGAAGGCAAAGGAGAUGGCCGUGAGGUGUUUCUCUGAUGUUGCUGCCACUGAGGACUUCUGUGAGCUGUCUCUUCCAGAGCUCAUGUGCUACUUGGAGGAUGACCGCCUUUGUGCUGAGGAGGAGCAGGUGUUUGAGACUCUCCUGGCAUGGAUCCACCACGACCCGUUUUCACGACGCGGUGCCAUUCACGAUCUCUUCAAGAAGGUUCGUCUCCGCUACAUUCAUCCAACAUACCUCUUCCAGUUCAUCGCCAACGACCCACUGGUGCAGUCAUCCACACUCUGCACUGAGAUUAUUGACUCUGUACGCCGUCUUAUGCUCACAGCCAGCACCAAGUGUAGCCGUGAGUUGAAACCCCUCUGGACCACACCAAGACGUUACACCUGCAGAGAAACGCUGGUGGUAGUUGGAGGACGCAAAAACAAUGAGCAGACUUCUCGAGAGGCACUUCUGUACGAUGAAAGGACCCAUCGCUGGCAGUGGUUGGCCAAGCUGCCUCUGCGCCUUUACAAAGCUGCAUAUGUGUGCAUCCACAGCAUCCUUUAUGUGCUGGGAGGCCUCAGUCUCUGCAUGGCUUCCGGGGAUAGCUCAGUCAGCUCGACCGUUUACACACUUUCCCUCAAAACAAACCAGUGGAGGACAGCAGAGCCCAUGCUGGAACCUCGAUACGCCCACCAAAGUGUGUCUUAUCUGCACUUCAUCUUUGUGCUGGGAGGUAUUGGGGUGGACAAGCGAAUCUCUCAGUCAGUGGAGAGGUAUAACAGCAUGUUUAACCAAUGGGAGGCCAUGGCGUCAAUGCCUACCGCUGUGCUUCAUCCAGCUGUUGCAGCCAGUGAUCAGAGGAUCUACGUGUUUGGAGGGGAGGACGCCAUGCAGAACCCGGUCCGGCUUAUUCAAGUGUAUCACAUCUCUCGCAACUUGUGGUCCAGAUUGGAGACAAGGACUGUGAAAAAUGUUUGUGCGCCAGCUGCUGUCAUAGAGGAGAAGAUCUAUAUCAUAGGAGGAUAUACCAGGAGAAUGAUUGCCUAUGACACCAAAGCCAACAAAUUUUUCAAGUGUGCAAAUCUGAAGGAGCGAAGAAUGCACCACAGCGCCACAGUGAUCAACAACAAGCUCUACGUCACAGGCGGACGCAUCCUCAAUGGCCACGAUGUCAUUGAGGACUCUGAUUGCUUUGAGUGCUACGACCCAAAAACGGAUGUUUGGACCUCAAAAGGUUCUCUACCGUACAAGCUCUUUGACCAUGGGUCUCUGCCGCUGGUCUGUGUUUCCAACCGACCCAACCCACCAUGAGCAAAACCUCUCCUUCGGUUUGAUAUAUUUUGGCCUCUACACUGAGAGCAUUGCUUAAUGGAGCCCAUGCAAGUUAGCGUCCUGUUUAGCACCGCUGACAGUGAUCUGAAACACAAAACCUGUGUGGAGGUGGUAUUGCCGACGCACCUGUGAUGGAACUGAAGAGUCCAUGAGAAAUCAACAAGCUCAAAGAAAAUGAUAUUCUUUAGAAGCAAUGGACUUGUAAAAAAAUUAUUUGCACUCACAUUUGAUGACUUGAUGAUUUAUUGUCCAUGACCUUAAUACAAAGGAAACUUCCCCUAUGUGGCAACUGUAUUUUACAUCGUUUUCCUGCCAGACCAGCAGAGAUAUGUUUAAAGAUUCUGGUUCUACUGAAUUCUGUUAACAAUCUAGCAGUGGCACUAUUUGCACUUUGUAUAGUAAAUAAUACAUUCCUCUUUAACUCACUUCUUAUUGGAUUGCACUUGUCAAAGAAAAGAGCUGUCAAAGAGCAUGAAAAACCUUCUACAGAGAUGAAGAAGAACCAGUCUUUUGUAAUGUUUGAUAAGUCAAUGCAAAGAAUGACAGAUUUUGUCAAAUAAAAUAAAAUGAGCCAACAGUUAACAAUUCAAAAAUGGGCUUACAUUUUCGUUGAAAAAUCCAACAAAGCUUUUAACAUGCACAGUCUUUUCAUCUAUGAAUGUUGAUGUGAGAACAUGUGACAAAGUUGCCUUCAAAGAGCCCCUGGGUGAUGCAAUGACCUGCUUUCUGCAGACAAGAGAGGAAGAGAUGUCAGGGAGAUAUCCAGUGUUUGCAACAUCGUUCUAAAACCCUCUUUGGUUUCAUGAAGCUUGCAGUUCAUUCACAGAAGGCCUUGCGCCUUUUUUUGUCAAAAUAAAAUGCAUCAAUUUGAUUACCACUUAGUGGCAGUGGCCAUUUUCCAUAUCUGUUUAUGUUCGUGUUCUCAUGUUGAUUUGCUUUACUCACAAGAGUAGCAUAGAUUAUACCCACAGGACUUUAAGAAAUCUUAAAUUCAUGUGGAUGAAAUGGUUUAACCAAUUGAUCUUUUCGUUGCAAGCUUCUUUGUAGGUAAUUAUUAUUUCACAGAAAAAUAUGUCUUGGUUACCAGUAGCGACCAUACUAACUCUAAUUGAAGCAUCUGUGCAGUUCCCAUGUUUCACAUGCAAAACUAUGUGCCAACUAAGGAGGAUACAAAGUUCUCAGCAAAUGAUUAAUUCAAAUGAUCAUGCUUCAAAAUCAAUUUUAUGUAUCAGUUGAACUAAAAUAUUCUUUAACU